CAUAAGGGCAUUGGUGUGCCCAAGCUUGGCCCAUCAAAAUACCCAUCUUUACAAAUACCAGAAUUCUCUUCCUUUUUGUGCCAUUCCCCCCUCUUCAAGAGUCAGUAGAGAGGAUAAAAAAAAAUGAGUCACCCAUCAACAGGGCCCUCUUCAAAAGCUAAAGUUGAGUCUUCACAACCUUCAGAGACUUCUUUCAAGCGCAAAAGAGGAGUUUUUCAGAAAGAUUUGCAGCAUAUGAUGUAUGGUUUUGGAGAUGAUCCCAGUCCACUCCCCGAGACUGUGACCCUUGUCGAAGACAUUGUCAUGGAUUAUGUAACAGAUCUGGCGCAUAAAGCUCAAGAUAUCGGAUCAAAGAGAGGAAAGUUAUCGAUUGAGGAUUUUCUGUUUCUAAUUCGCAAGGACAUGCCGAAACUAAAUCGGUGUACGGAAUUGCUGUCAAUGCGAGAGGAACUGAAGCAAGCAAGGAAGGCAUUUGAGGUUGAUGAAGAGAAGCUAGCAACAUUAGAGUAGCUUAAUUGGCCUUUUAUUUGUUUAGGUCAAAAGGCUAAGUACGUUAAGCGUUGCAAACAAAUGUUUAUAAUGAUUUUGUUAUAAGAUAAAAGGGGUUUAGGGUUUUAGAAAUAAUUUUUGGUGUAAUUAGGUCUACUUUGGUACAUUGGUAUUUUUUUUUUUUUGGUCCACUUUGAUUUUUGAACUUGACAGCUAGAUCCAUUUUGGUCAUUAAAUUGGAUUCUAUUAAGAUUUAAUGA